UAUAAACACAGAUGGUUCAAAAGUAUGUGUCUGUGGGCCAGGAUUCUUACCUGCAUUAAAUGAUACCUGUAAAGGUGAUUAUUUUUUCAACCAGUAUAAUAUAAGAUAAUUCUUUAUUGAUGCCAAUAAAUGGAAAUUAUUUUUUUUAUUAAAUUGUACAUAUUCAUUUUCAGAACAUAAAUAAAUAUAUAUUUUAACCAAGACGGCAUGUUAAAAUUACAACAAAUGUAAACACAACACAUUCAAAGUAUUUCUCUGACGUAAAAAUCAGCCAUCAAUAAACUCCCUUAGUGACAGUAUUGACAUAAUUAGCGAUCAUUUAGAUUUGGUAACCACUGGGGGAGCAAGCCGGUAAAUUUAUGCAGACUGGGGAACAAAAUAAUUUAAAAAAUCUUUCAAUCAAAACUUUAAGAGAAAAAAUUCACCCUCAUCGAGCUGAUCACAUUUUUAAAGUUAAUGGCUGAGACAUUGUUCUUUGUGUUUUUAAUAUUUUUAAUGACCACCCCCAUCGCCUUUAAUAUACAAACACAUAUCCAGGUGUGGAGGUGCUGUUAAAUCUAUAAAUUCAUUAAAGUGGAAGUUAAGUAGGGGGAGAUAACUGUUUAUAUUGAAUUAUAAAGCAAAGUCAUUUUUUAUAAAAGGGUUGCUCUUUUUGUCAUGCAUUUAAUCUAAAGCUGGUUUCUUGUCAGUCACCCAAUGUUCUUAAUGGUGACUGUUGUUGCAGUUCAUUUCAGAGAAUUUCCAUUGCAAUUAAGACUGGACUACCCAGAUGAUCAGAUUACAUCAGAUUUGUUGAACCCUGAGACCAAAGUGUUCAAAAGCUUGGCUCUAAAAGUUGAAGCAAGUGUAAGUUAAGGAAAUUUCAAAUUACCAAUCCUCUGAGGUUAUUUAGUCAAGCUCCUCAAGCAAAGCCUUAGCUUACUAGGUCUAAAAAUAAAUUAUUAUUUUUUUAAAUCAAAAAUAAUUUUAAGAAAGAGAAAUUAAUAUAAAUAAUUCCCAUCUGUCUAUUUAACUGGUAUUAUUUCAUAAUGAAAUAAAAAUAAUUGGAAAAUUAUAAUCAAAUUAAGAUUUUACUGCUGUAAAAAAACUUUAACCAAUAAAUAUGUUUAUAUUUUCAGUUGCAGGACUUUGGGAAUAAAACUAUUGGCAGAGCAUGUCUCUCUGUUAAAGUCACUCACUUCACGUAAGUCGUUCAACCUGACUAAGAUGUUCUUUAAAAAGAUUGAAUGUAAACAUUCACUUAAAGUUAAAGACUGUAGUAUUCUUGAAAGAUAGAAAUGUGUCCAUUUUUUUUUUUGUUGUACUGAUUUAUUAUGAGAUAAAUGAUUUUUGUUGUUGAGGAUUUAAAAAAAAAUUAAAGUACCAAUAGUUAAAACAUCAAGUUUUUUUGUUAUUUUUUUAAAAAUACAAUCUUUCAUUUAGUUGUAUGAUCUGUUAAAGAGAUCAAAUAUGUUUUUUAAAUUUCACACUUAUAUCAUCUAUCCUUUUAUGAUAACCUUCACACAUACAGGAGAGGCUCUCUCAUAGCCAACACCGCAGUAAGAAUUGACCAAUCUUAUUCUUCAAGUCCUUUUUACGAUGCUGCUUUCUUGGCAAAGAAUUUGCAAGCAGAAAAAUCACUCUUGAUUGGUGACCAGGUUUUCAAUGUUACAGACGUUGCUCUCAAUAAUGCAUCAGGUAUUUUGGUCUAACUUAUAUACUCUUAAUGAAAGUAGGGAUGGCUAAACAUUUUGUUAAAAAUUCUGGGAUCAAAGCAGACUUUGUUCAUCCUAACAAAGGACGAUAUUUAUUUAUAUAAUUGCUAUGUUGAGGCAUACUCCACAUUAAUGUCACCAUUCCGUCUAGAAAAACAGUGCAAGAAGGCUAAGUUAUUAUUUAAAGCACUCACCUGUGCUCACAAUAGCAAGAAAAUCUGUCAUUGAACUGCUACCUUAAACUAAAAAAAACAACUCUAAAACACUUAAAAUAACACAUAGGCUUAUUUUAUAUGAAAUUUUAAAAAAUCUAAGUUUACUUUGUGAAAAAUGUAGAUUAAUUAAUAAAUUUUAUAACAAUUUUUUUUAAAAAGACGGUUGUGAUUUGAAGAUACAUAUUGGUGAACUAUCUAAACAAAAUGGGGCACCCUGUUAGUAAUUAAAACAUUGCUUAAAAUAUAAAUGAAAGUAAAAACUAACCAAACAAUUUCCUAAUUGAUACAAGCAACAUCUCAAACCAGACGUAUUGUGCUAGACCAAAUGAAAAAUGUUUACAAAGAGAGAUAACUUAAAAAGUAUGAGAUCAGUUUUUUUCAUUGUACCAUCUAAAAUGCACAUUAGGAUCAGUUGUGAAAGCUGAGACCCCUAAGUAAACCUCCUAAAUCAACCCCCAUUCCCCCACAAUGCAUAUGUAACAUAUGAUGGAUGACCCCUAACCCUGUCAUUCCCAGUUUCCCAAUCUGAUGAUAUUUGCCAAGUUUACAACACAUUAAAAGAAAAGUGUCCUGCCACUGAAGAAUGCUUUGAAGAUACAUUAGAGAAGACACCUUGCUCCAUCCCUUCAAAAGGUUUGUUUAACUGUGAAUGAAUGUCAGGCCUAGAUUCAAAUAAAAAUGGCAAUGUAUUUGAUGAUCAAAAGAAUGACAUUGAUUUAUCCAUGCAGCGCAUUUCUACUUUUAGCUCUUUUGAAUAUUAUUUAUUUUUUUUCCUUCCAAAUUUAGAAGGAUAAUUUUAGAAAAAUACAACUGCAUUGAUCACAAUAUAAAAAAAUGUAAACAAAAAAGUCAGGAGACAUCACGUUGAAAGUUUGAAAAUUAUCUUUUGUUCUGUUUUCAGAUGAUGAUCUUCCUCUUAUCAUCGGCCUUGCAGUAGGAAUCCCUCUCUUUGUUAUAGCAGUUGUAAUUGUUAUAGUAGCUGUCUUGUGUGUCAGGAAGAAGUCUAUCAGAUAAGAUGUCAGCGGCGUUAUUUCAACAGAAAAGGAAACCUCUAGAAAUGAUUACCACAGUGCAUAUUUAAAAUAAGUCUCAAAAUAUUUAUUUGGUUAAUCUUUAACAUUUAUAAUUUUUUUAUAAAACCACAUUAUGUUCAUUUGGUAUAAGUUUUAGUUAAGUGGCAAACUAGGUGGUGCAUAUUGUAUCAAAAUUUUAUUGUAUAAAAAUAUAUAUGAAUAUUUUUGUACACAAAAAUCUAUUUAUUUUUACUGCAUCAGAGCGUAUUUGUUUAAAUUAUAUAUUAAUUUGCAGUAUAUUACUGCACUGUAUUGAUAUUGAGAUUUCAGUUAGACCCACAUGUGAAACUGAUAGACAAACUUUGCAUAUUUUUUCCCAAAAGUUCAAAAAAAUUUGUUAAAAAAUGGUAUUCAAUUUUUAUAUUUUUGUGUAGAAAUUGAUUUCACCUGAAUCAUUCACUUGAAUCACAUGCACUCAUUGAA